AUGCCUGGCGUCGGAAAGCCACACGCAUCGAAGGACCCGCUCGCCUCGCCGGCGGCCCCGUCGCCGGCCGCCGCCUCGUCUGGCGGCCUCUCGACCCUCGGCAGCGCGGCCCUCUCGGCGCCGAAGUUCAUCCCGGCUAGUUCGGCCGCUGCUGCCGCUGCCGCCGCCGCCGCCGCCGCUUCUGCCACCCCGCAGUUGACCAUCUCCCAAAAUGGCAACCUCAUCAAACGCAUCUCGGUCGAGGGCGGCCCGGGCAGCCGGCCUGGCGCGGCGAUCGCCGUCACCCCGGCCACGCGGAUCAGUGUCACCCCGCCGCCGGCCGCGGCCGGGGCCGUCGCCUCCGCCUCGGCUCCGCAACUGGUCGUCCGCCGCGUGGUCCACGGCCAAUCGGAGGACAUCACCUUGAAGGCCGACCCGGCUGCCGGGUCCUCGACAUCCGGCGCCUUCCCAAAGAUCGUCAAGCGCAGCGCCACGCCCACUCCCGGCGACGCGCCCGCCGCCACCACCACCCAACUCCAGGUCACCCGGCCAGAUGGAUCGUCCAUCCUGUCGGUGGUCAAGCCCGGCGCCUCGGCCCCCGUGGUCAAGACCCUGCCGGUCGGGGGUUCCAGCGCCCCCUCGGGGACCGGCAUUUCGGUCACCGGGGCCGGGGCCGGGUCCGCCUCCUCGAUCGUCAUCACCCAGUCGUCCGGCGAGCGGAAGUUCGUGAAUCUGACGCCGGCUGGGGCGGCCUCGGCCGGCGGUGCCGCCGACUCGGGCCAAUCCAGCGCCCACCACCCGGCGGCCGACGACCAGUCCUUCGACAACACCUCCCAGAUGUCCGACGAUUACAUGGACCCGGUGGACUACCCCUCGGGCUUCGACUUCCCGAUCAACCUGCAGACGCACAUCAACUUCCAGCCGUACUCCGCCUCCAACCUGUACGGCUCGAUCACCGCCUCGGUGGGCAACAACAUCCCGGACCCCGUGUACCAAGGGCUCUUUUCGAAUGCGGCCCCGGGUGCCGCGUCGCCCCUGCUCCAUGCACAGACCAUGCGCGCUCCGAAUACGCUCUUCAUGCCGGAGCACCUGCGCGGGUGGCUCCAGUGGCGGAACCAGGCCAUGAUCCUGCCGGCCUAUCGCGAUCAGGACCUACACCCCCUCGACCAGGACUGCCCCCAGACGGUCAGCCACUACUACUCCGUCACGCCGGUGGAUCUGCCCUUCCCGGACCCCGACCAGUGGGACGAUUCGGAGGGGGGGAACUUCGGCGCCGGGCCGCUCGGCCUCCGUAGCCGGGCCUACCGCGGCACCAGUGCCAAGGAUGGGCUGAACUAUCUGCUUGUUCGGUUUGAGGACUUCGAACUCGUCGGCGACUCGAAACUCGACCAGGCCCAGGCCCACAUCGCCCGCUGGCAGUCUCUUGCAUCGGUUUCCGGACUGGUGGCCCUGCGGGAGGUGUUUGCCACCGACGACUUCGGCGACAGCUCCCUCAUUGUGGUGUUCGACUUCUGCCCCCUGGCGACCACCCUGCUGGACGCCUACAACCUGGUGCCGAUGUCCGCGCGCCGGCACCCGUCGCAGCGCUUCGCCGCCGGGGACAUCGACGCGGAAUUGGAACACUGCGACGUGUAUGCCGUGCCGGAGUCCACGGUGUGGGCCUUUGCCGUGCAGCUGGCCGGGGUCCUGCGGUCGGUGCAUGCGGCCGGCCUGGCCCUCGGGCCGGCGGCCCUCAAUGUCCGCAAGGUCAUGGUCGUCGGGCAAAACCGCCUCCGCGUGGGCUUCGCCGGCAUCAGGGACAUGCUGCGGCCGCUGCUGGACGAUGCCCCAACCCCGGGGGGGGCCGGCCACACCUCGGCCGGGGACUUCCAAUCGCUGGCCGUGCUCCUGGCGUCCCUCUGCUCGGGGCUCGAGCUGACCGAUCCCAACUGCCCGGUCAAUGGCCAGGAUGCCGGAUCGCAGUUCGACUUCGCCAUCCACUUCCUCCGGUCCUUCGAGCACUUCAGCGCCGAGCUGCUGGACUUCAUCGGCUGGCUGUAUGCUCGCGGCCCGGUGGCCGAUCGGGGCGCCGCGUCGCCCAGCCCGGCGCCCCCGCGCCUGGCGGCCGAUGUCCUGCUGGCCCGGCUGGCCCCGCACCUGGCCUCGGUGCUGGACUCGGCCCUGGCAUACACCGACGCCCUGGAGGACUCCCUGGCCCGGGAGUUGGAAAAUGGCCGGCUCAUGCGGCUGCUGUGCAAGCUGUGCUUCGUGGCGCCGCCCGCCUCGUGCCCCUGUGUGGCGGUGGCCCUGCCGACCACGCGCAGCAUGGUCCCCUUCCGCCCGGGCCCGGCGGCUCCCCCGGCCCCGGCCGACCAUCCCCUGCGUGAUGCCAUGGCCGCCCAGCAGCAGGCCCAGGCGGCCGCCACCGCGGCCGCAGCCGCCGCCGCCGCCGCCGCCACCGCCACCAGCUCCCCGGUGCUGGCCUUGAACUCGGGUCCGGCCUCGGCGGCCUCCUCGGUGCCGGCCUCGCCGGUGCUGGGCACCAUCUCCAGCCACCUGCCGGCCGGUGCGUCGGACCACCCGGCUGACGCCCUUGCCGGCAUGGUCGUCCACCCGGCCGAAGCAGCGCCGCCCCUCACCGAGGGAGGCGAUGUGGCUGGCGCCGCCGCCGCCGGCACCGCCACCGCCGGCACCGCCACCGCUGCGGCUGCAACCCCGGCGCCGGUCCACCCCCCGGCGACUCCCCUGCCACCGGUGGCCCAGCUGGGGUCCAACUUGCUGAUUCGCAUGUUCCAGGAUCUGCUCUUCCGCCAGGCCCCGGUGGGCCUGGAGCUGGCGCGCCCCAGCGAGGCAUUCCCCCGGGGGGCUUUCGCUCGGGAGGGCGUCCCCGCUGGCGAUGGCGCGUCUGGCUCCAGGGCGGCCCCGGCUGCCGGUCUGACCGGCGCCUCGCUCCUGCCCUCGCUCGGCGGGGACACCCCCUCGCUGAACCUUUCACAUAUCAUCCACCACCUGAACCGCCUGGACGUCGGGCACCCGGAGCGCCUGGUCCUGGCAUCGCCGGAUGUCGUGGCCACCGGCGGCCCGGUCCGGCCCGCCUCGCUGGCCGGCCCGCCCUCCGACACGCUGCUCUACCCGUCGUAUGCCGAGCUGAAGGCCGCCAUCCAGGCGGCCUAUGUGGACCUGCUGCUUCUGCGAUCGGCCGCCGCCACGGCCGACUACGAGCAGAUGGCCUCGGGCGGCGGCCCGGGUGGUGUGGCGUCCUGAUGCUGCGCUCCCACCCCCGCCCCCAGUGCCCGGUCUGGAUCUCGUGCAU